UUAAUUCUGUGUAUUCGUGCCUACAGGAGCCACGGCCCUGAUCCUGGUGGGGAUCUGCACGGUCUUCCUCGUGUUCAUCUGCCUCAUCUUCUUUAUUCAAAAGGUCCGACGCCAGAGACUAGAACGCAAGGUUGAACAAGACGGUGAUGUUGUUAAGCCGCAGACGACCUACGAGGCUGCCGGCUCUUCCCACUACCACCCCAACCCCCUCUCCCUGCUCCCGCCGGCGCUCCUGCACGCCCUCACAAGCCUCACCUUGUCGGCGCACCAUGAGAGGCAUGAGGACCACCUCCCGCCUUCCUUUCUCACUAUGGAGCCUCCACAGUCAACCAACAGCCUUGGACGCCUCUGGUUCUCUGUCUACUAUGAUUACGUCGAGUCCACUUUGGUGCUUCGAAUACUUCAUGCCAGAUACACCAAGGGGCGGGGUUCGAGCACCAACCCGGGGGACGUGUGGGUGGAGGCGUGUGUCCUCACCCCCAUGAACAUGGUCAAGGGCUCCACCAAGACUGGCACCAGGAGGGCCAGCUCGGCGCCAGUUUUCAACCAAACCUUCAGAUUCAAGGUGGGUGACGAGGAGGUGACACAGUACCUACUGAGGCUGACACUGUACGACCGACACCCGCAGAAUGGCGAGAAGGCCGUGGGCUCCGUCAUCGUCCCCCUGAGCACCGUCGACCUCUGCUCCAGCGCCACUAUAUCCAGAGACCUCCAGUAACCACCUGGAAACUUACACGCCGAUAAAAUAUUGUACAAAGAUUCGCUGUCAAAUAAGAAAUAAUAUGUGAGAAUUGUGGUGUCGAGUUAAUAAACGACGAAUGAUAAGAGCUAAGAGUCUGGUUCUCGUGGCUCCUACUUAAGAGUUCCAAGAAUAUGUUAAUAGUCAUUCAUAGUCUUCCGCGGUGCAGCUGGCUUUUGUGGCCUAGCUAAGACGUCGAGAACGCGAGGACAGCUACAGCUUGCAAGACGGUGCAAACGAGACCAUCGUAAAGUGACGCUUUCCGGCAAUUUUCGUCGUGGUUUUUAAAGCGUGAUGGUACGACAAGCUUACGAAAGGACAUUUGAAAACGAGUGAGACGUCCUGUGAUUUACAUAUCCAUAUUAUCCUACUGAACCUUGUCUUGAAGAAGCUUAUAACGCUAUUUUUGGCCAAGCUGGAAGUUUCAUUUGGGUACCUGGUUCCUAAAUAUAUUUUAAAUUAUAAAAGUAAUAAUCACUUAGUCUGUGCAAUAUUGAUGGGAAUAUUCGCUGUGUACUUUGGAAUUGUUUUCAUGUAUAUUGUGUCUUUCUUCGCUUCCACUAAGUGAAAACCAGUACGGUUUCCCCCUGGCAUUGACCCAAAGAAUAUAUUGCCUACGAAUAUGAUAUCUGAAUAUUAUAAUAUUUGAUAUAAACAUUAUAUAUAUAUAUAUAUGUGUGUGUGUGUGUGCGUGUGUGUGUGUGUGUGUGUGACAAAAAAGCUGCAGGAACACGCAAGCUAUAGAUCAAUAAGAACUAAAUGACCCGGCCAGGAUUCGAACCCAUGACUCCCAGGAUCACCCCCAAACGUUCACUGUACCGUGACCACCGCACCAUUGGUCGUCUAUAGACGAUAAAUUUUACACACACCUAGCCAUGUCGUCAAACUUUGUACAGCACUAUCCUUGUCGUGUUCUGAAUUAUCUUUCAUUACAGUAUUAGUCCGAGUCAAACUUCAAUCUGGAAAGAGUGAAUCAGUUUUGCUGUAAAAUUUCCAGUUACCAUCGAUUCAUCGUGUCGAGGUUUGUCAGGCCCUUGAUAUGAUUCGGAGAAUAUUAAGACACGAGAUCAAUCUUAUUCAGUGAAGGUGAUUUCUAGGAAUUAUUUGUACUCGAUUCUUAACAGUGAAGAUAAUUAAUAUAUUAUCAUUUACGAGCCUCCAGUUGUAUGUACAACUCCAGUUGUGCGCUUCCAGUUGAAUAUUCUCGUAUUAAUAGAGACGAAUAUACAAGUCUGAAAAUGACCAGUUGCAUUUUCAGUUCUUCUAGUUUUAUUCCGGUCGUCUCAAAUAUAUUUUGUAAAUUCUUUGCUCUGCGCAAAUUUCUCUACCUGUCUACGCACGAGAAGACAUAGAGCGAUUAGAACUGAUUCUACAGUCGGAGGUUCUUCCAUAACACUUGUGAUAUAUAUACAUAGAGGUGAGGAUCACAGUACUUGUGUGUGUGGAAGGAGAUGGGGUCUGUGUACUUACCUAACACUGGCAAGUGAGAUAUAGUGAGUAUGUGUGUGUGUGAGUGAGUUGGGUGUAUGUAUGUGUAUGUGUGUGUGAGCGAGUUGGGUGUAUGUAUGUGUAUGUGUGUGUAUGCAUGUGAAGUUUUGCUUGUGGUUAUUGAGCUCCAGCUCCUGGCUCUGCCUUAACCCAUCGGUCGUGUAGUUUAAUGACUCGUGGCCGUUUAGGUUACUCACCUAGUUGUACUCAUCUAGUUGUGCUUGCAAGGGUUGAGCGCUUUGGUCCCGCCGCUCAACCGUCAGUGGCUUCGGUAACUCUAGGAUCUGUUGCGCCUCGUCCUAUCUAAUCUUGACUGGAGUUGGACCUCCAUCCCUCAGUUCAUUCCACACAGUACUCGUGCAAGAAGGAGAUGCUUUCUAGUGUCUCCGGAAUUGAAUUGUAUUUCGCUUUCUUCUGUAGCGUUUCGUUUGGUUUCCAUUCACACUGCACACUCUCCUUGUUCGUCCUGUCUUGAGUAUACCUGGAACAUACCUGGAGAAGGUUUCGGGAGUUCUUCUACUCCCCGAGCCCGGCUUGGGGCCAGGCUCGACUUGGGUUAAGUUGGUUUAACAAGUUGUUGAUUGGAGCGGCCCGCCGGUCCACAUAUCCACUCAACCCGUUCUCGCAAAUUCGUAAAGUCAAUAUUGACUUAUUAACUACGUGCAUAGGUGAUAUACUAAACAUAAUAGAUACCCUUA